GGUUGGGCUAAAGAGGACCCGGAUCAGGGACACGACCCCAUCUCAUACCACGACCUAACGUGGGUGGGCUAUGACGACCCCUACGCCGCCUAUGAUAAGAGCAAAUGGGUCAAAGACAAUGGUUACGGUGGUAUAAUCGUGUGGGAAAUCACCCAGGACGAUUUCCAUCCCAAGUGCUGCUCUAAGAGCUACCCUAUGCUGCGGGCCAUCAAUCAUGGCUUGUUUGGCACCGGCAGUGGACCCGAGACUUAUGGUUGUGAACGGAAAUAA